AUGAAGCAAGAGCCAAAGGCCUGGGUCAACUACUUAAAGGAACCUAAGGAAUUUGGCCUGAAGCCAUCAAACCAUCUCAUCGCCAUCGGUCCCAAGCUGAACCGAAAUACUUUGUACAUCAAAGCCUUAUCUUUGGAAUGGACAGCCAUCCUUUGGUUAAAUUGGCUUACGUGCUCUACAUGGUCCAUUCAAUCGUUGUACAUAGUGAAGGAGCCUAGAAGUGAUGAAGAAUUUGGCUCUAAAACAUCUGUGGAGGAGCUCAAGCGAAAGAAAAGGAUCAACCUUAUCAUAUAUAUUGCUGCUUUUGUUGUGUUUCAAACCAUAGUCAUCUUGGUUUUUGCACUCAUUGUAAUGCCUGUUAAGAUUACAAAAGUCUGGUUGGGCAAUAAUGUCAAAUUUCACAACGUGACUACUAGUAACUCAACAUCACCUUCCUUUGAUAUAAACUUCACAACCCAAUUGAGGGUUUAUAACACAAACUUUGGUCCUUACAAAUAUGAUAGCACCAUUGCCACAUUCAUGUACAAGGGUGUGUCAGUGGGGCAAGUCACUAUUCCUAAGGGUAAGGCUGGGCUGCGUUCGACCAAAAAAGUUGGUGUCACAGUAAAUGUGAAUUCAAAGGACUUGCCAACUUCUGCCAAUCUUGCAGGUGACUUGGAUAGUGGGUUGUUGAUGCUAAACAACCAUUCCAAGCUUAGUGGGAAAGUGGAAUUGAUGUUUAUAAUGAAGAAGAAGAAGUCUGUCGAAAUGAAUUGUACCAUGACUAUCAAUUUGUCAUCAAAGGAGAUCCACUCUAUGAUUUGCGAUUGA